GUUGAGAUACUUAGACUUCCCCACCUCCCUGGGAAUAAUGGUACAGUCCACUCCAGCAGCAAGCCAGCCUUCGCCUCACUGUUUCCGGAAGUCGCUUGCAGGCUCCCUUCGAACACGUUUAGUCAGUGGCUGGAUCCACAGAAGUGUUUUUGGCAUGCCUGAAGUACUCCCAGGAGACAGCACAGCUCAACACAUUUUGCCUCUUCCUAUCCCCAGUGAGGGGUCUAAACAAAAAAACUGGGGCAUCCUGCUCACUGGUGUUAUUGGUGGGACAUUAGUGGCCCUUUACUCUGUUGUCACCCCAUUUAUCGCUCCAGCACUGAGAAAACAUUGCCUUCCAUUCGUACCUGCCACUUCGAAACAGAUUGAAAAUGUCCUAAACACGUUAAAGGGCAGAAACGGAUCCCUGGUUGACAUUGGAAGUGGUGAUGGACGCAUUGUAAUAGCAGCUGCAAAAUUGGGAUUUAAAGCUGUGGGCUACGAAUUAAAUCCUUGGUUAGUGUGGUAUUCAAGGUACCGUGCUUGGAAAGAAGGAGUUCAUCAAGAUGCCAAAUUUUACAUUUCAGACUUAUGGAAGGUCAGCUUUUCCCAAUAUACCAACAUUGUUAUAUUUGGCGUACCUCAAAUGAUGCUGCCGUUGGAGAAGAAACUUGGGGAAGAACUCCCACUAGAUGCCUGGAUUAUCGCCUGCCGUUUUCCUUUUCCCCACUGGAAGCCAACUCAUCAUUUUGGAGAGGGCAUAGACACUGUGUGGGCAUACGAUUCACAGUCUUUCAAAAUGAAAAAACAAAAUGAUACAGUUAACACAAAUUCCAGUUAAGACUCCAAAAGCCUUGUUCCAGUGGGGUUGAAUACUACAUGUGGGCAUUUUGAGGAUUAUAUUGUUUAUCUUAUAUUGUUGGGGAAAACAUUUCGGAAGAAGCAAUAAGAUUAGUUUUGCUUUGUUUUUAACGUCAAAAAUUCAAGGUAUAAGGUAUCUUUUUUUCCUUUCUCCUUUUCUUUUUCUUUUGAUUCCCCAAUCCCAAAUUUCCCCUUUAUACCCUUAAUAAAAUAAAUAAAUUUGAAAAAAAAGAAAAAUCACUCACAUAAUAGUUAUCUAAUUGCAUGAUGCCAUUCAUAUUCCAUUCCAAAAAGUGCAUAAUUUCAACUGGAACUGAGUUGAUACAGAGAUUAACACUUGUUGUAUCUUAAGGACAGGCAAUUAAAACAUAAGUACAGCAAGAUGGGAAAAUAUUUCUGCACCUCAACAAGAACCACUUUGUGUUGAAGGCUUUCAUGGCCGGAAUCACUGGGUUGUUGUGAGUUUUCCAGGCUGUAUAGUCAUGUUCCAGAAGCAAUCUUGCUGGCCACACAACCAGGAGGUGACAAGACAGGCUCCUCAGCUUGAAAAUAGAGAAAAGCACUUCCUCAGAGUCAGAGAUGAGCACCGUCUCUUGAAGCCAGAAAUGAAAAGAGAAACCUCUGCCUUUGUUUGUGUUUGUGUGUCUCAUUGUAUAUGAUUGUAAAGGCACUGACUAUUUACCUGUGCAUGUAAAUACUGUAAUCUGCUCUGAGUCCCCUAGGGGAGAAGGGCGGAAUAUAAAUAAAGUAUAUUAUUAUUAUUAUUA